AAGAAAAAUAUAUUUCAUAACAAAACGUCACUUCCUCUGACCGCUGCUAAAGGUGAUCUGCCUCAGGAAUUUGAAUCAAUGUUGCGCUUGAUCACAACAUCCCUGUGCCUCCGGUGUCAUCGUGCCACUGCUCUACCUUUACACCUGAGACCAUGUGCAACGCUGAACUCAGCAGAGAACCAGCAGACCGUGGAGGCUCUCUAUGAUCUUUCUGUCGACAUUCAGAAGGUCCGGAAACUUAAAGGCUGGGUGCUGCAUCAGAGCCCGGCUUAUACUAAGGAAGUAGCUGACCUGCUGAAGGACAUGGGAGCCUCGGGCUCCGUCAUUGCCCGGAUCUUAGCAGUUCACCCUGAGGCGGUCCUCUGUCACCCAGAGCAGAUGAAGGCUCAGAGGGAGCUGUGGAUUUCUGUGUGCCCCAAACAGAAAGAGCUGGUUGGUAUCAUUGAGAAAUUCCCAGCCUCCUUCUUCACCUCCUCCAGUCACCAUGGCAACCAGCGGAACAACAUCGCUUACUUCCAGAGCUUAAACCUCAACAAGCGAAUCAUCACCAAACUCAUGGCCAGCGCUCCCCAGAGCUUCAGCCGGCCCGUAGAGCAGAACGAGGUGAUGGUGUGCACCCUCCAGCAGGCCUACCAGGAGCUUGGAGGGGAGGAGGCCAACAUGAAGAUCUGGCUUCAGAAGCUGUUGAGUCAGAACCCAUAUGUUCUCCUCAAGCCUCCGGAGGUGCUGAGGCAGAACAUGCUGUUCCUGAGAGACAGGGGCUUCAGCACGGCUGAGCUCCUCCACCUCCUCUCCAAACUCAGGGGCUUUGUCACAGAGCUGAACCCAGACAGCAUGCACCGCACCCUGUCGUACUCACAGGACACAAUUGGCUGCUCCGAGGCAGAGCUGCGGGACAUCAUCCUCAACUGCCCGGCUCUGCUUUACUACCCCGAUGACAUUCUAGCUGAGCGCUUUAAGGGCCUCCUCAGCGCUGGGAUCAGCAUGUCUCAAAUCAUAGAGACUCCGACUGUUUUGGAGCUGACCACACAGAUAGUGAAUUAUCGCAUUCAGAGACUAAGGGCGCACCGUUAUGACGUAAGGACAGGUAGUCUGGAGGUCCUUAAUGGCACUAAGAAGGACUUUGAGAUGAGCUGUGGAAAAUUACAGCUACGAAGAGAGAGACCGCUUUUUAACCCUGUCGCUCCAUUGAGAGGAGAUGACUGACAAAGGCUGUGUGGACUAAUGCAAGUGAGUUAAAGCUGUAACUGGAAAUGUACUAAUUAUUUAUAAACUGGAUACUGUGUCAGUAACUGAUUAAAAUUACAAGUUGGACUGCACAAUAUAAAAAACAAAAUCCUAUUGCAAUUAUUUUGACAUAUUUUGAUUGGGUUAUGAAUCACAGUUUUGGUGGGAAUAAUUUUUGAAUUUCAUUUUCAAAAAAAAAAAAUGGCAUUUUUGCUGGAGUCUGUGCCAAACAACUAUUUUUCCUUUUGUCUGGAAUAGGAUUUGUAGGCUGGGACCUCUCUGUGACACCACAAUGUUUCAUUUAUGGUGGUAUUUUGUAAUAACUAAUGGUAAUGACCUUCAUUUAUAGAGCACUUUUCAUACAAAGGAUGUGGUUCAAUAAAGAUGCAACACAAAAAGGACAACAAGAUUAGACUAUGUAAAGACGUGUUAUUGCAUGUGUUUAAAAACCCAGCAGAAGAUCUGACAGCUCGUAAAAGAUUAUAGUAUAACAGAGAGUCUGCAAUUUAUGCUGGUCCCAAACCAUUGAGAGCUUUAAAAACAAGUGAAAAAACCUUAAAAUCCAUUUUAAAAGAUACUGGGAACCAGCGGAGUGAAGCUAAAGCCGGGGUAUUAUGCUCCGCCUUCCUCGUUUUCGUUAAAAGUGUAGCAUCUAGUUUCUGGAUAAGUUGAAGUUUAUGAAUUGACUGUUUCGGAAGGACGGUUAAAAGAGCAUUGCAAUAAUUUAAUCUUUUUGUAAUAACAGCAGGAAUAUGUUUUUUUUAGUAUCAUUAUAGGACAGGAAUGGUAUUAUCUUGGUGAUGUUUCUAAAGUGUUAAAACACUGUUGCACAUUUUACCUUUUGUAAAAAAUGUAAGCUCGUUAUUUGGUUAUUGCAAUUUCGAUAAUAUUUUGAAGCCCCAAUUACAACAAUGUCACUUGAAUUUGACAAUGUAGAUUCCAAAGAGUGCAGACUGAACUGACGCCAGAAAAUAGUCUAAAAAUGAAAUAUUUAAUGGGUGUAAAGACAGACUUAAAUUGAUUUUUCUUCAUGUGCUCAAAACUGAUAUGAGAUUUCUCACUUGCGAAAGUUACAGUGACAAGAAUUGGCUUGAACUCAAUUUCUG